UUAUGUUAAAGUUGGUUUCGUUCGGGUAUAAAAACUACGACUUGGUCAACAAAAAACGAAUUGCGGUAUGCAAAUCACGCAGUUCGGAUAUUACAGACGGAGACGCAACAACUUCCAACUUCGUUCGACAUUUGAAGUUGCACAAAGAAGGGCUUAGGAAGCUAGCGGAUGCCACUCCUCCGUUAUCAUGCGCCUGCUAACAGUUAGCCGCUAGCUAGCAGCUAACUAGUAGCUGUGCUUAGCUCCAUUGGAAGCCAUGGCUGGCGACUGGCGAGGCUUUGCUUUGCUGGAAGAAGCCGAGCUAUUUUCCGGCCGCUUAAGGGACCUGCUCUCCUCCGGACAAACGUACGUCCGGAGCCAGUUCGGCUUGGACUUGGGUCUGAAGCCCGAGCAGUACCCGACCUGGUUGAUGCUGACCACGGCCGCCGUCGCUCUGCUGUUCCUGCUCGCUGCGUCCUGGGCCGCCGUCUGCGGAGCGCUGCUGGCCGGCAGGAGGCGGCCGGGGUGCCGGGUCCCCCACGUCGGCUGCGAGUCGCCUGCCAAGGCCCCUUUGACGACCAAACCUGCUAAACCAGAGGAGGUGAAGAAAAGGAACCAAAAGAAAGUGCGAGACAAGAAGACUCAACAGCCUAACGGACAGCCUGCCUCCAUGUUUCCAGAAGAAGUCAAAGUCCUCGGGGUGCUCUCCAAACCGCCGCCACAGUCCAAAACUCAUAAGGCGCCUGAAGUGCAAGCGCCCGCAGUGCUGGUGAAAACAAACAAGAAAAAAUCCAAAACUAGUGUCAAAGCGACUCAUAAUGUGUCUACAUAUGACGGCAAGGAGCUUGGUGAUGACACAUGGGAGACCAAAGUUAGCAACCGAGAGAAGAGGCAGCAACGCAGGAAGAACAAGGGCCCCGAAUCGCUUGGUGGUACAGAGGGGGCGGACGCUGGCAAGGGCCACGUGGAGGCGGCAUUAAAGGUUAAGAAGAACAGAGCAGUUUCAGAGUCGCAGCGUUUAAGAGCAGCUGCUAAAGUGGACUCAUCCCGAGCAGUUGGGUUGUCCACCCGAGGGGAGGUGUCUUCCGUUAAUGGCAGCGGGUGGAAUAACUUCUCCAUGAAAAUCCCAACUCAGGUGUCAUCUAUAGAGGCGAGUAAGUUUGCUGCAGACUACCAGACCCAACUUGAGGCCCAGUCCUGGACGCAGGAGUCACAAGCGGCGUGGAGCAGUAUCGAUGUCCAGAGGAAGUCGGAUCUCAACCCCAUCUCUUUCUCCAUGCUGCGACUGAACCCUGCAGCAAAGUCCAUGGAGCUGCAGUGGACCAGCCAUGCUGAUGCUGACGAUGAAUGGGGCGAUAUAAACGGGGUGACCCCUGUGGAUUCCACUUCGGACUGGAACGCCCCAGUUGAGCACUGGGGGAACUAUGAGGAGCCCCCUGUGACGGCGACGCUGGUUCAGCGCAAGGACAAAACCAUUCUCAACAAGGUGUCAGAGGAUAAGGUCUGCGAGGAUCUAGCAGGGGAAGCUGUCAAGUCCAAGAAGAAAAGAGAAAAGAAGAAGAGACCGGAAGAAGAGGCAGCGUCUGAGCCCCAGGUAGUGAAUGCAGUUCUUAAACCUCAACAACUUCCUGCUCUGGCCUCCAAGAAGCAGAGUCCCAACUCAUUAUCUCAGAAGCGAACUGAGCAGGUGGCAGAGGCCUCCCUCAAAAAAAAGGAGUCUCUUUUUCUGCGCUGUCCUCUGAAAUCUAAACAUGGAAUUAAUAAGCUGGACUCUCGACUCAACUGACAAAAUCUUCUCGAUUUGGAAAAGCGGUUCGGAGGAACCUGGCUGCACUGACGGAAUGUUUGCUGCUGGUUAUGUAAGGGACUCGUGGGAGAAAUGGAGAAUCCUGUGCCUCAGUGCUUUCCAUCGAGGAAGUGGAAGACCUCUGUCUAUUUGUAACUGAUCGCAUUGCAUCUGCUGAUUGAGCAUUGCUUUGGUGUAUCGUCAAAUUCGGAAGACGAUGGCAGCCAUUCAAGAAGCCCAAAGGCUGACCGUCGCAAUGGAAGGCAUGGGUCGGGCUGUAGGACCACCGACUGUGGCGAUUUCAGAACUGAAUCGUAAGUUGGAAAACAUCACUGAAUUGCAAAGAUUGAUAGCUGUUCUGACAUUCCUCCCUCCUUUGACAACACCUUGGAGUUGAACUUUGCUCGUAACACCUGCAGACCGACUCCAGGCCUAUAGGCACAACAACAGUACACACCCUGGUAAUGGGCACACACCCCAACCCCACACCUUUGCCACCGCUUCACUCCAUGUGGUAUGAUGGACGUCGGAGCAGCACCUUAGUGGCUGGCAGCUUCGGGCCGGAUGCCUGCCCCCUCCCUCCUGUUGCAAAAUGUUUAUGUGUGCUUUUUGGCUAUCAAGUUUUUUUCUCGGCCGCAGUCUGUACCCCCUCCUCCAUAGGAGCCUAGUCUGAGAAUGAGUUUGUUUUUUACUCCUACUUCCCCAGCGUCUACAUUUUUUCUCACCUUUUACCAGGCGCCGUUAAGUGGAGAUUCAUCACCGUUCCUGUUCUGUCUACCUGUACAAUGUGUGUUUGUCUAAUCUAACGGGUUUGUGGUAAAAAUUAAAUGUUGUUGUACUUGUGCAAUGACAAUAAAGAGCAUGCCAUAUCAUACAUUAAA